CUUUCUUUAAAAAAAUAAUAAUAAUCAAUAUGGCCCUCUUUGUUGCUAGAAUCCCAAGAGAUAUGAACAAUCGUGAACUUGAAGAUGCCUUCUCAAAAUAUGGCAAGAUUACUCGCUUUGAAGUCAAGAGAGAGGGAUUUGGUUUUGUAGAGUUUGAUGACAAACGUGAUGCUGAAGAUGCCAUGAAAGGAAUGCACGAAUCUAUUGCCGAACUUGUGGUUGAAUGGGCCAAGAACGGUGGUAAGAGACCAUCCGAUAAUGAAUGUUAUCACUGCGGAAAAUCAGGUCAUUUUGCAAGAGAUUGUAAAGAUCGUAGUCGUCAAAGAUACCGCCCAAGACCCUAUGAUAGAAGAUAUCGUAGAGAUGACCGCCGUGCAAGAUCCCCUUAUCGUGAUGAACAACGUUAUGACAGACGUCCUAGAAGAGACUACCGCAGCUAUGAUGAUAGGCGUGAUGACCAACAACAACCAGAACAACAGCAGCAGAGACAAUAAGUAAAGCAUCUCCGCUCAUUCUCACAUGUGCGCCCAUCUUUAAGCGCACACACAAACAUAAUAAAAAAUCUUUUUUUUUUCCAAGUC